AUGCAGUGGGCGCUAACUGUUAUUUCGGCGCUACUAAUCGAGUUCCUAGCUAUGAACGCCGCUGUCGCCAAUCAUAUUAACUAUAUUCGCGACGAAGUUUCUAUUAUUGGCCUUAUGAUAAGAUGGGGGUUCAGGAAUUUGAAUCCAGAUAGGGAUAAUACUAUUAAAGUCUUCGAAGGACAGACCGAGGUCGGCGAAGUCGCAUCCGUAGAUAUGAGGGAGGACAAACUGUUCGCCGUGGCCGGCCCCGGCGCCGGGAUCUUCAAAGGAUGGGAGUUGCACUGUGGUGUGUGGUCCAGGACUCUCGAACUCUUAGAACUUCCACCAAGUGUAACUGGGGAAGAGAUCAAGAGCCAAAUUCUCUGA